CACAAGCACACACGCCACAGCACCACACCAUUGAAGAGCUUGCUUUCAAGCAAGAAGAAUGGGUGAGUCGCCGGUGAAGCUCAUCAGCUCGUUCGGCAGUACGUUCAGCCACCGCGCGGAGGUGGCCCUGCGGCUGAAGCGGGUGCCGUACGAGCUCAUUGUCGAAGACCUUCGCAACAAGAGCCAACAGCUGCUCACUCACAACCCCAUCCACAAGAAGGUCCCCGUGCUCCUCCACGGCGACAGACCACCGAUCUGUGAGUCGCUCGUAAUUAUCGAGUACGUGGAUGAGGCCUUCGCCGGGCGGCCACUCCUCCCCACCGACCCGCACGCCCGCGCCACCGCCCGGUUCUGGGCUCACUUCAUCGACGAAAAGUGCAUGAAGUCGUUGUGGGCGGCGCUAUGGAUGGAACCUAGCGAGGCACAGAGACGAUCCUUGGUAGAGGCAAAGGGGAGCCUCGCGUUGCUAGAGGAGCACCUCGGGGAGAGGAGUUUCUUCGGUGGUGACUCCAUCGGGCUCGUGGACAUAGCAGCUAGUGUACUGGCACACUGGCUUGGAGUCAUGGAGAAGAUCUCCGAAGUGACCGUGGUCACGGACGAGGAGUUUCCGGCACUUUGCCAUUGGGCUAGACGGUAUGUUAGUGAUGAGGAUGUGAAGACAUGCUUGCCGGAGAGGGGUGAGCUCGUUGCCAUGUUCUCUGGGUGCAAGGAGAUGUUUCGAUCAAUGGCAAUGGCGCCGCCACAGCAGUGAAGUCGUCCACUUUAAUUUGUCUUUUGUUUUUUCUACCACUUUCCCACGAUCUUAUCCUUUAUUUCCUUGCAUUGUAACACGCUUUUAUGGUUUCUGCUAAAUUGGGAUUAAUAAAGUGAGAGCUUUCUUCAGAA